UUGGUUCACACAUGCAAAUUCUUCCCGAGAAAGCGUGUAUAAAUAGGUCUUUCUUGAAUUACCAAGGGCAAAGAAAAGCUCUGUUGUUGAAAGUUCAGCGAGUUGCAGUCCAAUAUCGAGUAGCAGUGUCCAAAGAGAUGGUGAAAGCUUCAUUUUCCAUUGACUGGCUCUCUCGGAGUAACCAGGAUGACUUCACGGAUGCACAACACGGGACAGAUGCUCAGAUUUCGGUGGACUGCCACAAACCACUGCGUUUUCCCUUCGAUAAACAUUCGGAUAGAACAGCCUCAAACACCAGCGAAGGACAGGAAAACAUGUUAAUGCCGAGAACGGAUCCUCGCCGACUUCAGACUUCUCCGUGUAACGCGUUUGCUCCUCUCGUGUCCCAGAUCGGUUGCAGUAACCGUGACGACUGUUGCGGGGAUGGGAGUGAGUGCGGCGGCUCGGAUUGCUCGGGCCGGGGGGAGGCCGAGGGGACCCCCGGCUCUGAACGCGAUGCCCCCCGCAGAGCGCGCACAGCUUUCACCGCCCAACAGAUCCACAGACUGGAGAAGAAGUUCACACAUCAGAAGUACUUGGGCGCGUCGGAGCGAGUCCGGUUGGCAGCUUCGCUCCACUUGUCCGAGACCCAGGUUAAAACCUGGUUUCAAAACCGCAGGAUGAAGCUGAAGCGCCAGUUGCAGGAUCUGCGCCCCUCUUCCUUUGGCCCAGUUCUGCUGUCGCACCUGAUGCAGACGAGAGACUCGCCUCUCGCCCAAUGCACUUUUGCUGGACAGUCCUUGAAAAGUGGCAACAGCUAUCAGAAUGCCAGGUUUGCCCAGGUUGCCUUUCAGCCUCGCCACCAGCCGCCGCUCCACGGGUACUACCUUCCUCAAACGACUCUCUCGAACCAAUCUCACUUGCGUCCGCUGGUCUUUCCAGUGAUGCACGAGAAAUUGUCAUUUCCCUGCUUCUAACUCGUGUGCUGGAAGAAACUCGUCCACGUCUUGAUUUUGCACCGUUGUCG